UUUUUUAAGAACAAAACGUUCCAGCUUAGUGUUCCAUGGGUAAGGAACAAGAACUUAUCGACGCCGCAAGGAGUGGGAAUAUUUCUACCGUCGAACGAUAUUUGAGUCAAAGAGCCAAGCGAUCGGGACCUCUCGCAAGCUUACGAAGAGGACCUGGGGCAAAUGCUCAAGAUCAAAGCGGAUAUACAUCGCUGCAUCACGCCGCGCUCAAUGGCCACAAGGAGAUCGUUUCGCUGCUGCUGCAGUAUGAGGCGUCGACGAAUGUCGUGGACCACAAAGGCUCAACUCCGCUCCACCUGGCGGCGUGGACUGGAAACACGGACAUCGUCCGCCUUCUCCUAGAACAGGGACCCUCGGUGCCCAACGUCAACCUCGCCAAUCACGAUCGGGAAACGCCUCUGCAUUCCGCUGCUCAAUACGGCCACACGGAGGUCGUAGCACUACUGCUCAAGCACGAGGCGGAUCCGACCGUGAGGAAUAUGAAGGACGAGUCCCCUCUGGACUUGGCAGCUCAGUACGGUCGCCUGGAGACGGUUCAGUUGCUGGUGGAAUCGGACCCGUCACUGCUCAGGAGGGGCGGUACCACUCGGCACUCUCCCCUGCACCUCGCCUCCAGGAACGGGCACCGGAACGUGGUCAAGGUCUUGCUGGACGGAGGACUCGACGUCAACUACGUGGUUGAAAGUGGCAGCGCUCUUCAUGAGGCAGCUUUGUACGGCAAAGUCGAGGUUGUAAAGUUACUAUUAGAUUACGGUAUCGACGUCAAUUUAGAAAAUAGCCUAAAGAGAACGGUGUUCGACCUCCUAGAAGACUUGAAUACCGCCAUCUCCAAGCAAAUAUCCAGAAUCAUUAGAGAGCACACGACUGCAGUGGGCAAGGUCGAGGAUUCUUCGAGCAAAUCUCCGUACUCGACGUCUCCCUUGUCGAGUUUUGGAUCGGCGUCGACGUUUGUGGCCACUCCCGAGAAGUCCCUCCUCCCUCUAGUCAGAAGUGGAUCCCCCAUGUCCGAAGCCACGGACACCAUCUCCUGUUCCUACAACAGCAGCAAGCGAUCUUCCACAGCCAGCGACACCCUCCGAAAGUCCCAAGGUGGUUCGAGUUCGGAGCACUUGUCCUUGAGCAGUCGGAGCCCCUCGGUCUACGAGACGUUGCCGAGGGAUCUGGAUGCUCACUCCAACGCCUCCUCAAACCCGGAGACGCACAAUCACGACCUCGCAUCGCAAGGACUCUUCUCGCCACCAGAUCCUCAGGUUCCAUCAUCACGGAUUUCAGUGCCACCUGGUUGGAAACCUCUACCACCAGCCAAGCCUCCGCGCAAGUCCAUCACGUCCUUGUCCCCUAGCGGUAAGACCCAGCAUCAUAUCCGGCAGUCAUCCGUCACCUAUGAUUCUACAUCACAAAACCAGAUGAUGUACGACCCCUCGGACAUCACGUUGCCGCGGACGCCACCUAGCGGAUUCGCCAACCAGCUACCCCUCGCCAACGGCAAGGUCAGCAGCGAUAGCUCCCCCUUCAGCGCCCUCUACGAUGACGUGGCCAGUGGGAGAGUCAGCAGCGGCCCUCCCACCACCACCGCCACCACAACGGGUACCACGAAGACGGCCAUGCAUCGCAGGCGGUUGACUGGAGAAGGUCUGAGGCCGGACAAGCCCAUCCCGCCGGCCAAGCCCAAGACGCUCGACCUGAGGACGAAGAGGCAGACGAUUCAGAUCCCACUCAGUCCAACUCACUAUCAGCAGCCGCCCACGCCAGACUUCCCGCCGCCCUCGCCGUCGACCGCCGCCCUUGGUAUCCACGAGAAGAUCCGGCCUCUCAGUCAGGAGAUCCGGGGCAGGUGUACGUCACGUGACAGCGAAACUCUGACUGAGGACGAUCUUUUCGCCACUAUCGACUGCACGGGCCACAUCCGGGUGUCCCUGCGUAGGGAAAAUAAAUCCGUGUCCACGGACACCAUCGAAGAGGUCAUUGAUGACGAUCCUUUUGCAGGUCUCUGUCGCGGUUCCGUCUGCCCAGUCACCUGCCCGUGUGAUCUCCAACUGAACUUGAGACCUCCUUCCCGCCCUCUACCCUCGACUUACGACACGUUGCCCCAUGGGGCACGUCCCUCUCGUCGCAGGGAGAGCCCCUGCUCAGACCCGGGGGGCCAGGUGUCCCGGUCCGCCUCUUACGACAGGUCAACAGCUUCCGAUCUUGGAGAGUCCACCAACACAGAUUCCGGAUUCGUCCGGGAUAUGGAGGAGACUUUCGCUCGGACACUAUCCAGGCUCAGAAAAGAGUUCCAGCGGUCGUCUUUUACGUCGAGUUUCAGCACCAUUGAGGAGUGGUUGAAAAGCCUCGACUUGGCCGUUUACAAGAACAAUUUUAUGGAAAACGGAUUUGACGACAUCGACUUUUUGGGUGGUAAUAUCCUAGAGGAGGAAGACCUCCAAGACAUUGGCGUGUCCGACAAGACCCACCGGCGGAAGAUUCUAGACUCCUGUCACAGCUUGCCGGCAUUGAGGCCUAUAGGGGAAUCCCAGACUCCCGAGUCCGUGGGCGAGUGGCUGCGGUCCCUGCAUCUUGACCAGUACCUCGACACGUUCCGCAGGAAUGGAUACACGGAGAUGGACAGGGUAAAAAAGCUGUGGGAAGUGGAGCUCAAAUCGGUUUUAGAAAUCACGAAGUCUGGCCAUCGAAAAAGGAUCCUUACAUCCUUGGGAGAGAAACCUUCAAGUCGUUUUUUUGACGAGCUGAAGGACUUUAGUUCCAAAAUGGAUUGGUCAUUAGGAAAUGUGGGCAACAACAUCAAUCUUACGGAUGAACCUUCAUCAUCUGGAGAUGAGUCAAGGACUGUGGAUAUUAUGCGAGGUGACACCAGCGUUCGGAACAUGUCCACCAACGGCAGUCUAUCUCGGACGGAAUCGCCCCCCUCGCUCGGGGAGAUCAAGAUAAGACCUCCCACGCAACUUAUGGGCGAUACUUCACCCCAGCAGGUAUUGCAGGAUUUGCCUUCGUUCAGCUCCACGCAGUGGAAGCACCAGCCAGAUGUCCUGGUGAAAGGAAGUUGCAAUUAUACAGCUAAAUACUUGGGCUCGACGCUAGUGAAGGAGGUCCGAGGCUUGGAGUCUACCCGCAAGUCCAUCCAGAAGCUGAAGAGUUCUACCAGGAACAUGAACCGCAUCCCGAAUGUCAUCCUCUCCAUCUCGCACACAGGCGUCAAGUUCAUAGACGCUCUUGCCAAGAAGUUGGUGUGCGAGCACGAGAUUCGCAACAUCCACUGCGCCUGUCAGGAUGCGGACGAUCUCAACCACUUCGCCUACAUCACUAAGGAGCAUCAGACGACCAACCACUACUGCCACGUCUUCUGUGCCCAAAACAUGGACAUGGCCACGGAGAUCAUCCUGACCUUGGGCCAGGCUUUCGAGGUGGCCUACCAGAUGGCGAUCCGGGACAAACCGGUCCGGUCGGGUCACAAAAGCGAGUCCGGCACGGCCGCCUGUGGUGACGACCCCAAGAGGUACGUCAGCCAGAUAACCGUGCAUCUAGUGCAGAAGACCCCGGAGAAGAAGACCAUAAACACAGAACUCAAGGUCGUGGAAUCGUGACCCAAGUUGAGCAACGCUGUAAAUUCAAUUCCAAGAUGAUAUGUUCUUGUAUUUAACUAUACAAUGAAGGCAAUGGAAUCCCAUAGAGGGUUGUAAAGUAAGAGUAGUUUGAG